CAAUCAAGUCAUUAGGAGUAGGUGGAGCCAGAGCCAAGUUCCCACAACUUAGUUUUGGUCAGAAGACAAAAGCAGCAUUGCUCUCUUAAAACACCAAGAAAUCAGGUUUUUGUGUGAUAAGUUGUAAUGGGGUUCCGAGAGGCGGUUUUGUUAGGGCUUGUGUUUCUCCUCUCAGGUGCAAAUCUUUGUGCUGCUACACAAAACUGGUUUAACUUUAGCACCAAUGAGAGUCUGAACCAAAUUCCACAACAAGUGACAACAAGUUUACAGCUGCCAAGAUUACCACAGACAGCAGAUCAUCAGUCAAACCGGACAGAGCACAGUGAUCCCGUCCAUUCUCCUGUCAGCUUCCAGCUCAGGAGCUUCCAGCUCAGGAGCCCAGCUGUCAACAAACAAAAACCGCUCAGGCCUCUUGUGGUGCAGAUGCAAACUUCUCAAAACAGGCAGAGAUUGGAGGCCAGAAAGCUGACCUCAGCGCAGCUGGAGCCAAGGGAAAGUGUCCAAGCACAAGAGAUGUUAAAGUUGCCUGUUCGAGGCCCAGAUCUGAACCCACCUGUCAAGCAGGAAUCAAAGGUGCAGGUGUUUGAGCAGCGGGUGCCUGUGCCAGCCAGCAGCGUGGCAGUGCGCUGUGGGGAAGGAGAGGUCACCGUAGCGGUCAACCAGAACUUCUUAGGAAACGGUCAGUCGAUCCGUCCAAGUGAUUUGACCUUAGGAGGGUGCGCUGCACUGGGCACCACUGACCACAUCCUGCAGUUCCAGACAGAGUUACAGGGCUGUGGCAGCACAGUGAUGAUGACUGAAGAGGCCCUCAUCUACUCCUUUUCUCUGAUGUACUCCCCAACACCCAUUGGCAACACCUUCAUUUUAAAGACCAACCCUGCUGAGGUGGUAAUUAAAUGCCACUAUCGAAGGAGGCAUUAUGCGAGCAGCAACGCUGUGAGGCCUACCUGGAGGCUGUUUGCCUCCAACAUGUUAACAGAACAGCAGCUGCACUUCUCCCUGCGUCUCAUGACAGAGGACUGGCAGUCACAGAGGCCUUCUAGUGUUUACUUCCUGAGUGACGUGAUGCACAUCGAGGCGGCGGUCCUCCGGGGUCACCAUGUUCCACAUAGGGUCUACAUGGACAGCUGUGUGGCCACAAUUACCCCCGACCCCAAUUCUCAACCCAGAUACCCCUUCAUCAACAACCACGGGUGUUUAACUGAUGCUAAGCUGACAGGAGCCAAGUCUUACUUCAUGCAGAGGAGCCAGGAGGAUAAACUUCAUUUGCAGCUGAAAGCCUUCAGGUUCCACCAGGAUCACAGGAAUUCACUCUACAUUACAUGCCACCUUCAAGCAACAGCAGUCUCCCAUCCCAUCGACUCGCAACACAAAGCGUGUUCAUUCUUAACUGAAGCGAGCAGAUGGGUGGCAUCAGGUGGAGACAAUAAGGUAUGUAGCUGCUGUGAGACCAGCUGCAGCGAGCGGAGAUGGAAAAGGAGUCUUGCAGCAGAUGCUGAUCUGCAGUGGGAGGGGACGGCUGCUCUGGGCCCCAUCCUACUGGAGGGGAACAUCCUGCAAGGGGAGCUGACGGAGCUUCUACCAGAGCCAGCUUCUCUGCUCCAAACACAUGAAGUGACUCAAGCAGCCUCCUAUUCAUCAACAGCCCUGCUGUGUGGAGUGGGUACAGCACUGGCUGUGGUGUUGCUUGUUUUCAUGGGUACUGUCAUUUGCAGCAGACUACACAAACCCUCUGUACAUGCUGUUUGUACCUGAUUUAAGACAAUAAAACAUUUAAAACCAA